GCAAAAUUCGCGUCCACGGCACUCGACGACCUGCAAAAUUCACGACCUAGCUGCAGCUCCCUUUCAUCAUUUGCUCCAAAAGCACACAGGCCAUGCCUGGUCUCACGUCAAUAAGGACAUCUGAGGGGAAAAUUGAGAUCGUAAACCAGCUCCUGCUGCCUCACACUACAGAAUUCAUCGAGAUCAGCACAAUCGAGCAAGCUCACGAUGCGAUCAAGUCAAUGAAGAUUCGUGGUGCCCCGGCUAUUGCUUCCCUAGCCGCCCUCACCAUCGCGUCACACCUGUCGCGCGCAUUACAGGCAGACCCAUCGCCAGACUUCUUGACGUCCCCUCUGACACUGCAAGAACACGUUGAGGGACAUCUCUCAUAUAUCAACACUGCGCGCCCCACUGCGGUUAACCUUGGUGCAGCGACAAGACGACUCUCCAAUAUCCUCGAGCAAUCUGUCCGCGCCGGAAAGGAUGCUCGUGCGAUUGCAGAAGACUUGAUCAGGGAAGGGAAGGAAAUCGAUGAGGAAGACGUCGGGAGAAACAAACAGAUGUCAAGACAUGGUGCCGAGUGGCUUCUCGAGCAAUGGGCAGCGAAGGGCUUGUCUGGCUCAAAUCUCAAUGUCAUGACCGUAUGCAAUACUGGAUCUCUGGCGACGUCGGGCUACGGCACUGCUCUUGGCCUCAUCACCCACCUUCAUGAAACAGGACGAUUACAGCGCGCCUUCUACACGCAAUCAACACCAUAUCAUCAAGGCUCACGACUCACCGCGUUUGAGCUUCAAACUCUGAAUAUACCAUCCACGAUGCUCUGCGACAGCAUGGUCGGAUCACUUUUCCAAAGUCAUGGCAUCCAUGCUGUAGCCGUCGGAGCGGAUAGAAUAACGAGGGACGGCGACACCGCUAACAAAGUCGGAACAUACAACGCGGCGGUUCUCGCUGCGAGACACAAAAUCCCAUUCAUCGUCGUUGCACCGGUCAGUACGGUUGACCUCGACAUCGCUGAUGGGAGCUCCAUUCCGAUUGAACACAGGCCCGCUCUGGAGGCGUGUGUGGUUCGAGGCGCUCUGUAUCCCGUGCGGACCGAUGCUGAGGGCCUCAAGGAGCAGGCAACGGUGAUGAUCACUCCCGAGGGUCUCGAUGGCGUAUACAACCCAAGCUUCGAUGUUACUCCUGCCGAACUGAUUACCGCGAUCGUGACGGAGAAAGGAGUGGCUGUUAAAAGAGAUGGAGAGAGCACGUUCGACCUGACAAGUAUCGUAUGACCACGCGGUCUCUACAUGAGAUAGAUAACGCGGGAAAGAGGAUUCGAAGAAGUAUACAAUCAAGGUGGUGUGCUCACGU